AUGAACCUUCUCUUACCGCUGCUACCUACUGCUCAGCAGUUGCUCUGCGUGGCGUUUACCAUUUUCAAGUGGUUCGGAUUCCUACCUUUUCCGUUCGACUGUCUGGCGUUCAAAGUGCAACCCCCGACCUACCGCUGGUCGGCGUUUGUGUUUCCUGUGCUACAAUUUCUGUUCUACGUAGCAUUGCACGCCAUCGUCGCGACCCAUCGGGAGGUCAUCUUUUUCACCGAGUAUCAAAUACUGAACAUGAACGACAUUCUAAAGUACGGCAUCCAACUCUCAGCAGUCUACGCCGUUCUGAUCAACACCAUCGUUCAGCGAGGCGUAUACCGCGCCGUUUGGACUAACCUAAGCCAACUCCGUGGCACGGUGCGGAAGAAGCUAGUCCGAGCGUUUCUGCGGGCAUACUUGGCAAAAUUUUACGGUUACAUCGCUUUUACCCUUUUCAUCGAAUUGCAACUACUCGGCAGCGUUCUUGGCAGUGCUCCCGAUAUGGCGUACUGGGCGCUGAUCGCAGUCCUGCACACGUUCAUUAGACUGCGCCACCUGUUUCACGUGUUCUUCAUCGACGUGCUGAAGUUGCACCUGAACCAUCUGAUGCUCCGUCUCACCGAGGAGACCGAGUAUGCGAAAGGGCUACGAUCAGCUCCGAUUCGGCAACGCUCCAUCAGUCGGUUGCUGGAGCUUAAGGACGCUUAUGGCCAUCUGUGGGAGCUAAACGAUUACAUCAAUCGCUCGUUUGGCUUGUCCCAGAUAUGCAACUUUACGGCCAACUUUGUGCAGCUCUCGUGCGAUUUCUACUGGUGCUACCUGGCUGUCCGAGGAUUCAGCUUUGGAGGCUGCAAAGAAAUCUUUCUUACGCUACUGCCCACAUCCUGUCUGCUGGGCAUUUUGCUGCACUCCGCCGAGUCCUGCUUGCGAGUGGGAAGCUCCCUGGGGACGAUUGUGCUCGAGUUUCCGACCGGCAACGACCGCAUGCUGCAGAAGAUCGUCUACCGCUUUGCAUUGCAAAUGUCUCAGCAAAGAAUUCACUUCACCGCCCAUCGACUGUUGGACGUCAACUAUAGGCUGCUCAAAAUGUUCGGUACCGGUAUCGCUACGUAUAUGACCAUUUUCAUAUCUUUCUCCAAGGAAUUACCGCUACAAAGUCACCAGCACGCCUGA